CGAACAGUCCACGUAGCAACAAAUGGCCCAACCACAACCAACAGCACACUAGGCACGCACCGACACGAUACGACCGCGUGAAUCAAACAAACAGCCGAUAUUUGCUUCGGCCAACGGCAGUUUCCUAUCUCGUGAGCUUAUUCUCCACGGCAGAAUGCAGCCUCGUUUCCCCAUACACACAUGCUGUUCGUAUUGUACGACGAUAAUAUCUGCUGCCACAUGCGACGUUUUGUGCUUUCCCCAUGCAGCCCAGCAACCUUCCCGUUUCGACGUUGAGGAUUAUGCAUCAGGUCAGCACACAGACACACGCACACGCACACUUGCAACCGGAGCAUACGACCCCAAAAAAACAAAACCACCCACAAUCGACACACCGAUCAUCAUAAUCAUAAUCAUAGUACGAGCUUUCCAUUCCCCCCAUGUGUCAUGGUCACCCCUCAAUAGGAUUUCGAUUGGGGGGCCUCUGCAUUCUCGUCCUGCCAACCGUGCCUGCUAGAAAAACUCCCCCUCCUUUCCUUCCUUCCACUUCCACGUUGUGUCAUGUUCAGGCCUGCUGUUCGGGGAUCCACAUGGACGCGUUUCAUGCCUUCCCGUUAUCGCGU